AUGCAGCAGGCCCCAGCGUGGGGCUAUGUGGACGACUGGACCUCUGGGCAGGCAGACACCCCUGCUCCUUCCAGCCAGCGGCCUGCACCUCACAGAAUGGAUUGCAGGAAGACUAGACACUGGGGACCCCAGAUAGACACUGCUAUGGAAGCCAGCCUGGGUGCCCCCGGCCGCUGGCCCCGCACAGAGCUCGACGAUGAGGACUACCCGCAGGGCGGCUGGGACACGGUCUUCCUGGUGGCCCUGCUGCUCCUGGGGCUGCCAGCCAAUGGGCUCAUGGCGUGGCUGGCUGGCUCGCAGGCCCGGCAGGGCGCGGGCACGCGGCUUGCUCUGCUCCUGCUCAGCCUGGCUGUCUCUGACUUCCUGUUCCUGGCGGCAGCGGCCUUCCAGAUCAUGGAGAUCCAGCAUGGCGGGCACUGGCCGCUGGGGACGGCCGCCUGCCGCUUCUACUAUUUCCUCUGGGGGGUGUCCUACUCCUCCGGCCUCUUCCUGCUGGCCACCCUCAGCCUGGACCGCUGCCUGCUGGCGCUGUGCCCUCGCUGGUACCCUGGGCGCCGCCCAGCCCGCCUGCCCCUCUGGGUCUGUGCUGGGGUCUGGGUGCUGGCCACCCUCUUCAGUGUGCCCUGGCUGGUCUUCCCCGAGGCGGCCGUCUGGUGGUAUGACCUGGUCAUCUGCCUGGACUUCUGGGACAGCGAGGAGCUGCCACUGCGGAUGCUGGAGAUCCUGGGGGGCUUCCUUCCUUUCCUCGUGCUGGUCGUCUGCCACGUGCUCACCCAGGCUGCCGCCUGCCGGCCCUGCCGCCGCCACCAGCCUGGGGCCCCGGCCUGCUGCGGCUUCGCCCGUGUGGCCAAGACCAUUCUGUCAGCCUACGUGGUCCUGCGGCUGCCCUACCAGCUGGCGCAGCUGCUGUACCUGGCCUUCCUGUGGGACUUCUACCCCGGCUACCUGCUCUGGGAGGCCCUGGUCUACUCUGACUACCUGAUCCUGCUCAACAGCUGUCUCAGUCCCUUCCUCUGCCUCCUGGCCAGCACCGACCUCCGGGCCCUGCUGCGCGCCAUGCUCACCUCCUUUGCAGCCGCUCUCUGUGAGGAGAGGCCGGGCAGCUUCAUGCCAGCUGACCCACAGACCCAGGUGGACUCUGGGGAUCAGACGGUACCAGGGCCAGUGGCUGAGGCCGAGCCACAGGUGAACCCCACGGCCCAGCCACAAGUGAACCCCGAGGCCAAGCAACAGGCGAACUCCGCGGCCCAGCCACAGGAGGAUGACGAGGGCCCACCCCAGCUGGAUUCUGGGGCCCAGUCACAGGCAAGCCCCAAGGCCCAGCCCCCCAGGCCCACUACCAGCUCAGCCCCCAGUGCCUGUGAGGAAGCUUCCUCUACCCCAGCCAUGGAUUCCAUCCUAGAGGCCCCCAUGAACCCAGCCACGCCUGCUGCCUCUGAGGGAGAAGGCCCCAGCGGUGCUCCCCAAGAAGAGGCCCCGGGUGCGGGCCCCACGUGAGGGCUCGGGAAAGUCCAGGCCCGCCAGGACAGCAGAAAAGCCGGGGGAGACAGAGGAACCAGCCCGUCAGAGAGGAGGACGGGUACCGCGGGGGAAGUUCGCGUGGAAAACCCCUACCGAGUCCCUUGGGCCUGGCAGACGGGGCUUGGGGGACAUGAACAUGAAGCAGCCAAAAUCCCGUAAGGUUUGUUGAAUGUCACGUCCCUGGUCCCAGCAAGCUCUUGCAGACUUGGCCCCCACACGGUGGCCCAGCACCACCCCCCAAGCUACCACAGGUGAUGGUGUCCUGUGGAUUCGGCUCUCCGAUGCCCUCCAGACCCCACGGACAGCCUCCUCCUCAGCCUCCGUCCUGCAGGAGAAAGACGGGCAGGGCUACUUCCCCAGGCUUGAUCCGACCUUCCCUUGAUCCUUCCCUCCCUGCCCUCCUCCCUAUCCCGACCUCUC